CGCGCGAGCCUCGGGGGCUCCCGGGCGGCGCGUUGCAUUGUGGGGUGGCGGCGGCGGUGUUGGCGUUGGGCCGGGGCUUCCGAGCGUUUGCCGGGCCGCGGCUAUGGCUUCUUGGGCCACUCUUUCGCCCAGCAUCGUUGAGUAUUUCGAGGGCGAGGACUUCUACCGCUGCGGCUAUUGCAAGAACGAGUCGGGCAGUCGCUCCAAUGGCAUGUGGGCACAUUCCAUGACAGUACGGGAUUAUCAGGAUCUUAUAGACCGAGGAUGGCGAAGAAGUGGAAAAUAUGUGUACAAACCGGUCAUGAAUCAAACAUGUUGUCCUCAGUAUACAAUAAGGUGCCGACCUUUACAUUUUCAGCCUUCAAAAUCUCACAAGAAGGUUUUGAAAAAAAUGUUGAAAUUUCUGGCUAAAGGGGAAAUCUCCAAAGGAAAUUGUGAGGAUGAGCCCAUGGAUUCUACAAUGGAUGAUGCUGUUGCGGGUGACUUUGCCUUAAUAAAUAAAUUGGAUAUACGGUGUGAUCUCAAAACGUUUAGUGAUGACCUCAAAGAGAGCUUUGAGAGUGAAGACAUGAAAGGAAAAAACUCCAAGAAAGACGAAUCUAGUGAAUUAAUUCAGUCACAGGAUGUAGAAGAGAAGUUGGGCUCUGGUGAACCAUCACAUUUGGUUAAAGUUCAUACAGUUCCUAAGCCAGGCAAAGGGGCUGAUUUGAGUAAGCCUCCAUGCCGAAAAGCAAAGGAAAUUCGGAAAGAAAGGAAAAGGUUAAAACUCAUGCAGCAAAACCCAGCUGGAGAACUCGAGGGCUUCCAGGUUCAGAGUCAACCACCAUCUUUGUUCCCACCAAAGGCUAAAUCCAACCAGCCCAAAUCACUUGAAGAUUUAAUUUUGGAAUCUUUACCAGAGGAUGCAUCACACAAGUUAGAGGUGAGGCUGGUGAGAUCAUCUCCACCAAGUUCUCAGUUCAAAGCCACAUUUCAAGACUCUUACCAGGUCUAUAAACGUUACCAGAUGGUUAUUCACAAGGACCCACCUGAUAAACCAACUGUGAGCCAGGUGAGGUUAGUACCUGUCUCCUUUGAGGACCCAGAGUUCAAGUCGUCCUUCAGCCAGUCCUUUUCUUUAUAUGUCAAGUAUCAAAUGGCCAUACACCAGGAUCCGCCUGAUGAAUGUGGGAAGACUGAGUUCACGAGAUUCCUUUGCAGUUCACCUUUGGAGGCAGAGAAUUCCCAUAAUGGACCGGAUUGCGGUUACGGCUCCUUUCACCAGCAGUACUGGCUUGAUGGAAAGAUCAUUGCUGUGGGGGUGAUUGACAUCCUUCCAUACUGUGUGUCAUCUGUAUAUCUGUACUACGAUCCUGAUUAUUCAUUUCUGUCUUUGGGUGUCUACUCUGCACUACGAGAAAUUGCUUUUACUAGGCAACUUCAUGAGAAAGCGUCUCAACUCAGCUAUUAUUACAUGGGUUUCUACAUUCAUUCGUGUCCCAAGAUGAAAUAUAAGGGUCAGUAUAGACCUUCUGAUUUGUUGUGUCCUGAAACAUAUGUUUGGGUACCCAUUGAACAGUGCCUGCCUUCACUUGAAAACUCCAAAUACUGCCGUUUCAACCAGGACCCAGAAGCAGUGGAUGAAGGUCGCUGUAAGGAACUUGACCGGUUGCAGGUGUUUCACAAGAAAGCCAUCAUGCCUUACGGUGUUUAUAAGAAACACCAGAAAGACCCAAGCGAGGAGGCCACGGUGCUGCAGUACGCGAGCCUGGUGGGGCAGGCGUGUUCCGAACGGAUGCUGCUCUUCAGAAACUGAGCCCAGGGCAGGCCCUGCCAGCCCACGUGCUCCUCGUGUGCUGAUCUGUGACACGGUACGUGCUCAACACCUCUGGGGAAAUAGCGUAACCAGCCACAAAUUAGACUUUUUUAUUUUGACUAUCCUAUGGCUUUUAAAAAAUAUUUUGUGGCAAUGUAUUUGUGAGAAUCUCAUGGUUACUAUAGACAUGUAAAACUGUGUUACAACCUAGCCCCAUCGUUGGGUUUAUCAUUUUGGAGGAUUGUUUCUGUUACAAGAUAUGCUAAAUUUCUCAUUAGUAUCUUGGAAAGUAAAAUUAAGAAGUGAAUCUAAGUAAUAUAAUCACAGUUGUGCUUAUUUUGUUCUGUUACACAAAUUAAAACAGACUAUAUCCUCAGACCCACGUAAAACACAAGGUUAUGCUAGAAAACCUUACGUGUGGGGACGGUGUAAAGUCUGUUUCAUCACUUAGAUCUGUCUUCUCAAGAGAACAAACCUGUGCUGUUAUGCAAUGUUCAAUAUUAAGUUGCUGCCAAAUGUUCUAUUAUGUAGCUUAAUAGAGAACUUGAAAAAGAAAAUAUAAAUAUUAAAAAAAGGAUCUUGUGUUAGCA